AUUCAUACCACAGCCAAUUCACAAUAAAAGCACUGACAAAAGUGACUAAGCGUUUUCUUUAUUUUUAUUCGUUUAAAAAUUUUUAACAAAUUUCCAAAAUGAGUGCUAUUGGAUCAGGGUACGAUUUGUCAGCUUCGCAAUUUUCUCCUGAUGGCCGUGUUUUCCAGGUGGAAUAUGCUCUCAAAGCAGUCGAGAAUAGUGGUACGGCAAUCGCUUUAAAAGGAAAAGAUGGUGUCGUUCUGGCUGUCGAAAAAAUUGUCACAUCAAAACUUUAUGAACCAGGAACCAAUAAAAGAAUCUUCAAAAUUGAUCAACACAUCACCGCUGCUGUGGCAGGUUUGUUGGCUGAUGCUCGAACUAUUAUCGAUCGAGCUCGUGAAGAGGCUCGUGAUUAUCGUUCACAAUAUGGACUUCCUAUACCUAUUGAACAUUUAAAGAAUCGCGUGGCUAUGUACAUGCAUGCAUAUACACUGUACAGCGCCCUUCGUCCAUUUGGCUGUUCCGUUAUAUUUGCUGCAUAUGAUCCAAUAGAUGGUCCUAAAUUAUUUUGUUUGGAUCCUUCUGGUAUUUCUUGGGGUUACAAAGGUUGUGCCAUAGGGAAGGCAAGACAAGCUGCCAAGACAGAAUUGGAGAAAAUCAAAUUUCAUGAAAUGAAUGUUAAAAAUUUGAUCAAAGAAGCAUCAAGAAUUAUAUACAUGGUUCAUGAUAAAGAAGGCAAAGAUAAACAAUUCGAAUUGGAAAUGGCUUGGAUCGGUCAGGAGACGAACGGUUUGCAUCAAUGGGUGCCGAAACCAAUCUUUGAUGAUGCCGUCAGCCAUGCAUUAAAUUUGCUUAAGCAGCAAAGUGAUUCAGAAGAUGAAGAAUCCACAUCAUAAAAAAAAUUCUAUUUUUAUUUACUUAAUUAACUUCAGAAUAAAAAUUUUUUAUUAAAAUAUAAA